GAUACGCCGCCGCAGAGCAAUUCGCGUCCCGGAAGCGGUGGCGGCGGCGGGGGAGGCAGAGGAGGCUAUCGGAUUUGCUACUUCGGAGAGGCCCUUGGAAGAGGCGCGUCCUAGGGGUGGGGCGGGCCUGAGGAAACGCCUCGGGGCCUAGUGGCUUUUCCAGUGGUCCCUGGCCGUCCCCGCCCCUCCCCCAGCAGCCCUGCGACCGGGAUGCAGACAUCAGAGCGUGAGGGGAGUGGGCCAGAGGUGAGCCCCAGCGCGAUGCCUGAGGCUCCCCUGGAGUCUCCAUCUGUCCCUACCAAGUCCCCGGCAUUUGAUCUUUUCAACUUGGUCCUGUCCUACAAGAGGCUGGAGAUCUACCUGGAACCCCUGAAGGAUGCAGGUGACGGUGUCCGGUACUUGCUCAGGUGGCAGACGCCUUUGUGUUCCUUGCUGACCUGUCUGGGCCUCAAUGUCUUGUUCCUCACUUUGAAUGAGGGUGCAUGGUACUCCGUGGGUGCCCUAAUGAUUUCAGUGCCCGCCCUUCUGGGCUACCUUCAGGAGGUUUGCCGGGCACAGCUGCCUGAGUCAGAGUUGAUGCGGAGGAAGUAUCACAGCGUGAGGCAGGAGGACCUCCAGAAAGUUCGCCUGUCUCGCCCCGAGGCUGUGGCUGAGGUGAAGAGCUUCCUGAUCCAGCUGGAGGCCUUCCUGAGCCGCCUGUGCCGCACCUGCGAGGCCGCCUACCGUGUGCUGCACUGGGAGAACCCCACCGCAUCCUCACAGUUCUAUGGGGCUCUUCUGGGCACAGUUUGCAUGCUUUAUCUGCUGCCCCUGUGCUGGGUCCUUGCCCUUUUAAACAGCACGCUCUUUCUGGGGAAUGUGGAGUUCUUCCGAGUGGUGUCUGAGUACAGGGCACGUCUGCAGCAGCGGCUGAACCCCAAGCAGAAAGACAGCGUCUUUGAGAGCCCGGCACUGCUGGAGGCUGGGGAAAAGUGUGCUGUGCGGGACUGCACACCUGCACCCACGCCCACAGAGGACCUCACGCCCGGCAGUGUGGAGGAGGCUGAGGAGGCUGAGCCCGAUGAGGAGUUCAAAGAUGCGAUUGAGGAGACUCACUUGGUGGUGCUGGAGGAUGACGAAGGUGCCCCGUGUCCAGCGGAAGACGAGCUGGUCCUACAGGACAACGGGUUUCUGAGCAAGAAUGAGGUACUGCGCAGCAAGGUGUCCCGGCUCACGGAGCGACUUCGCAAACGCUGCCCUUCCAACAACUUCGGGAACUGCACGGGCUGCUCGGCCACCUUCUCAGUGCUGAAGAAGAGGCGGAGCUGCAGUAACUGUGGAAACAGCUUCUGCUCUCGGUGCUGCUCUUUCAAGGUGCCCAAGUCCUCCAUGGGGGCCACAGCUACAUUUCCGUGUGAGGCCAAAUUUUCUUCAUAUACUGUGACCAAAACAACAUGCAACGACAGAUCGAAUGCAGAAGGAGUAAUCCCUACACCCAGCAUGGGGCUGAAACUCAGAACCGCGAGAUCAAGAGUUGCAUACUGCACCGACUGAGCCAGCCAGGGAGGUACCAUCCCUUAGAAGCCUUUCGGCUUCCCCCAGCUGGCUUUGGCUUGCGGUGAUUGGUGAGUUUGUGGCCAGUUCUUGUGCAUGUGUGCGAGUGACCCCUGCAGCCAGUCAUU